AUGGUGCAUGUGGCAACGAUCCUCCUCCUCACGGUCACCCUCGCACUCUCUGCGUCUGCAGUGUUUGUAGAGUGCUUUUAUCCCGCAGGCCUUCAGCCAGGAUUCACGGUCAACAUUUUGGGCAAUCCCUCUGCCGGCUCUCCCACCGGAUGUGCAACCCAGUGCAAAGCUCUCGGGUAUACCUGGAGCCAGUAUGCUAGCGCUAUCACAGUCCCUAUAUUUGGCCAAUGCAUGUGCACUAACAACGACGGCGGCGCUGCUUGGGUUAUCAAUCAAGCCGUCCCAUCGGUCGCUUCCCCACCCAGCUUUGGCACCUGUGAAACCGGCUCUUAUCAGCUUCAAUACCUCCGCGCCAGCUACAACCUGCUCGGGUGCUUUACGUCAGUCACAAUGAUGCCUCUGCCCGGCCAGACUACGGCCUUGACCGUCAGCGAAUGCUUCACCCGCUGCAUAAAUCAAGGAUCGAAGUACAUCGCCAUGCAGGUUUACACCCCCCCGUUCCCUUGGAUCACCUGUCUAUGCUCCACCGCCACUUCAUCCGUCACAGCGGCUUCUCCAGACAAUUGUGGUGUCGGCCGUUGGAACGUGUACAGACUGGGCUCCACCCCGAGUGUCAUCUCGCGCCGUCAGAAGCGUCUUGAAGCCGCCAUCAAGGGCAGCGAUACGAGCCCGUGUCCAGUCGGUAUGCAAGCCUGCAACGUUGCUGGCUCGGACGCCUACGAAUGCAUCGACCCCAUGGACGAGCUCGAAUCCUGUGGCGGCUGCGUUGCCGGAUUGUAUGCUGCGGCCAACACCACUACCUCUGGUAUCGACUGCACGACGAUCCCUGGCGUCAGUGGCGGUGGCGUAACCUGCAUGAACGGCAAGUGUGUCGUGACCCGCUGUCGCGCGUCUCACCAGCUUGUGGAUGGCACCUGCGUACCUGUGCUCCCCCAUGUUCCCCAUGUUUGGGACACGAACCAGCCCCCCAAGAACCAGCAGACUUUCCGUUGA